AUCUCCCUUACCCUCGAUUUCUUCCAUUUUCAACUCUAUUUCCUCCAUAAUUACCAUCUGUUACCAAGAAUCUUCCCUGAAUUUGAAAACCCUCCCUACUGAAAUGGUGUUUCCCUAAGAAAUUUCGUUUUACUGUGCUCAAAUCUGUGGUUUUUUUUGGGUGCCGAUUGAACUGAAUCAAUGGCGGGUGGUGAAGGGGAAGGGACGUCGUUAGAGUUUACACCCACAUGGGUUGUUGCCGGCGUCUGUACGGUCAUCGUCGGAAUCUCACUCCUCGUGGAACGUGUACUCCAUUAUUCCGGCAAGAAAUUGAAGAAAGCAGGCCAAAAGCCAUUAUAUGAAGCCCUGCAAAAGAUCAAAGAAGAAUUGAUGCUGUUGGGGUUUAUUUCUCUUUUAUUAACGGUUUUCCAAUCUAGCAUCGUCAAGAUCUGUGUGAAGGAGGGUCUAACGGAACACCUUCUUCCGUGCUCAUUGAGUGACAAAAAAGAGGCCUCAAAACCUAAGGCGGAGGGUACAUCUCAUCUUCGUCAUUUGCUUGCCGAAGAAGCAUCGGCUGUCGGUUAUUGCGCGUUAAAGAAUAAGGUCCCGCUAUUAUCUCUUGAAGCAUUGCAUCAUCUACACAUCUUUAUUUUCGUUCUAGCUGUCGUGCACGUGACGUUUUCCGUCCUCACUGUUGUAUUCGGAGGGGCAAAGAUACGUCAAUGGAAGCAUUGGGAGGACACUAUCACGAAAGACAAUUUUGAUGCCUCACAAGUGCUAAAGCCGAAAGUCACCCAUGUUAAAGAUCACGACUUUAUCAGGAACCGUUUUGUGGGUAUCGGGAAACGUUCAGCCAUUGUAGGCUGGCUGCAUUCUUUCUUCAAGCAAUUCUAUGGAUCCGUCACAAAGUCGGAUUAUGUAGCAUUACGCUUGGGAUUUAUCACAACGCAUUGCAAGGGGAACCCGAAGUUCAAUUUUCACAAGUACAUGAUACGGGCAUUGGAAGAUGAUUUUAGAAAGGUGGUCGGGAUCAGCUGGUAUUUGUGGCUGUUCGUGGUCCUAUUCUUGUUGCUGAACAUUAACGGUUGGCAUACGUAUUUUUGGAUAGCGUUCAUCCCUUUCUUUCUUCUACUUGCGGUGGGAGCGAAACUGGAGCACAUAAUCAUUCAGUUAGCUCACGAGGUUGCUGAGAAACAUAUUGCCAUAGAAGGCGAUCUGGUGGUACAACCGUCGGAUGAUCACUUUUGGUUUCAUCGGCCCAGAAUCGUGCUUUUCUUCAUACAUUUUAUCCUCUUUCAAAAUGCAUUUGAGAUUGCAUUCUUCUUUUGGAUUUGGGUUCAAUACGGCUUUGACUCGUGCAUAAUGGGGCAAGUGCGCUACAUUAUCCCUAGACUGAUUAUCGGGGUGUUCAUUCAAGUUUUGUGCAGUUACAGUACUCUGCCACUUUAUGCUCUUGUAACUCAGAUGGGAACGUAUUUCAAGAAGUCAAUAUUUGACGAGCAUAUUCAAGCGAAAGUCGUGGGGUGGGCUCUACACGCCAAGCAAAAGAUGGCUAAUAACGGUGGGCCGAGCCAUCGUGAUGGCUCGGGCCACGAUGGUUCUGCUGCUGCCGCCCCCUCUGCCGCUGGUUCUGCAUUCAAGGGUAUCCAACUUGCAAAACUCAAUCAGCAGUCGUGAUAUCGCACAGCGCGUUGUGGAGAUAUAUAUGUUUAUACAAUAUGCUAGUAGGCAGAAAGUUGGGGCCGAUCUUGAAUCUGGCUUUGCUAUGGCGACUAUAGUAAUCGCGUUUUAGCGGAUUUUCGUUUUGGAUCGGCGAAAUGCUACAAGAUUUGAACCCGCAACCUCUGUUGUAUUACCAGUGCCGUUUUGAGGUGUACUUGCUUAAUGAUUAAGGUGUUUUGCUUUUUACGUGGUUCGUUUUCUUUCGACCAUGCCAAUGUAUCCGAGUUGUCGAAACAUUUAGUGGUUAUAUACAUGAUAAAAUUAGGCUCUAUAUAAAGACCUUUGGUUCAUGUGG